AGUGGGAGCACCAGACCUCGUGCUCGGAGUGUCGCUGAGAACUGUUCUAAGAAAAUGGCAGACAAGCCUGACAUGGGGGAAAUCACCAGCUUCAAUAAGGCCAAGCUGAAGAAAACCGAGAUGCAGGAGAAGAACACCUUGCUGACCAAAGAGACCAUUGAACAAGAAAAGCAGAAUGAAAUUUCCUAAGAACCUAUAGGGUCUGCCACCCCUUUCCCCUCACCACC